GUUACAUUUAUAUUUAUAUGUUUAUCAAGUAAUAAUUCAACCGGAGAAAAACAAACUAUACGCAUGCACCCGUCUCCAUAGCAACGUGGAAUCUCCUCAUCUACCCUACACGUGGACACGUGCACACGCACACCACUUCACAGCGGAUACUAUGGAUUUAGUUGAUGACGCUGAACAUUGGAUGCAAUCAAUGUAUGCCAUCUUAAAGGAGAGACGUUUGAUUGAUGUGCGCAUGCCUGGCACACACCAUUCGGAUUCACACCCGUUUAAGGGACAUAUACCUAUUGUGAGCUAUAUCGAUCGGAAACUCAGCAAGUGUCAGGGGUGUAGUAUAGAAUUUCAGCUGAAGAAUGGUAUGAUAAGUAAGCAGGAAGGUCAUUUGUAUAUAAAUUUGAAUAGCGUAAAAAAGCAUGAAAGAAUAAUGAAAG